ACUUUGAAGAUGACCGCACUGUGUCUGAUAUUUCCACUUCUUGUAGAGAUGGUUCAUGUGCUAGCUGGGACUGAAUCCUCAUCCAUGCGUCAGAAGAUUGGUCUCAUGUCAGCCAACGUUGGAGACACAGUAGUUUUGCAUUGCUUCAAUUCAGGCGACAUGGGAAUAAUGUUCUCCUGGUACAAGCAAAGUUUUGGAAAUAUUCCUCAGCUCAUCUCAACCAUUUAUAAGUAUGACAGGAAUGCAACAUUUUACCAUGAGUUUAAGGACAACCCUCGCUUCUCAGUGGAAGGUGGACAAGGAAAAAAUCACCUAAUGAUCGCAGAUGUGGAACUCUCUGAUUCAGGCACAUACUACUGUGGAAGUGCUUAUGGAAUCAAUGUGGAGUUUGGACAAGGAGUCGUUCUCAUCAUAAAAGGGUCCAGAAAUAUGCCUGUUAUACAUCAGCUUGUGUCUGAGUCAGUCCAGCCAGGAGAGUCUGUGACUCUGAACUGUACAAUACACACUGAGACCUGUGCAGGAGACCACAGUGUAUAUUGGUUCAGACAUGGCUCAGGAGAAUCCCACCCAGGAAUCAUUUACACCCAUGGAGACAGGAGUGAUCAGUGUGAGAAGAGCCCUGAGGCUGGGUCUCCUACACAGAGCUGUGUCUACAACCUCCCCAAGAGGAACCUCAGCCUCUCUGAUGCUGGGACUUACUACUGUGCUGUGGCCUCAUGUGGGGAGAUACUGUUCGGGAACGGGACCAAGCUGAACAUUGAGGACGAGAGUAUAGACCCUCUUCUCUUUGUAUACUGCCUGGCCGUAGCAUUGGCCUUUGCGUUCAUCUUGAUCAUUCUCCUUGCUUGCAUCAUUUACAAGAUGAAGAAGAUAACAUGUCUGCAGUGCAGUGAACUGGUCUCUCAGACAAGAGGUCCUACAGUUUCCCGGUCAGAUGCAAGUAGCCAAGAUGCAGACAGUCUCCAUUAUGUAGCUCUGAAUCUGAGCAACAAGACGAACAGGUCUAGAAGACAGAGAGGAAACAUGGAGGAAGAGACAGUGGUCAUGUACUCUGGAAUUAGACAGUAG